CACGUACAGAAACGUAGAAUGGCUCUCCUUUGGCGGCCAGCAGGCUCUCUGGUUAAAGUGCAGGCCGUUUUAUUCGGAGUGGUCGUCUACCUGCUGCAAGGGGGCCCGGUGCGUGCAGACAAUGGGACCACUAUAAGCAUAAACUUCCUCUCAGCCAAUGGACCUGUGGCGGUUGGAGACCUUCUGCAACUUACGACCCUUCUCCGGAAUACUGGCCCAGGAAGUUACGCUAGCUCUGUGGCUGCUGUGACCUACAAUGGAACACUGACUGUUACCUGCUCUGACGCUUACAUAAUCAACAUAAACAGCACGUUGGCCAGCCCGGGCUGUACCAAGCAGCCCAUGAGCCCACCGUAUCCAGUUGGCUUGAAUGGAACAUAUCCAGGCUGCGAUGUGAAUCCUCAGGGGGUCUUUAACCUCAACACAAGCACCGGGCCGGUGCGAUAUCCUUCAUCAGUCACGGCCGAUGGGCACACAGCCAUAUGGACAAAUGUGAUUCUUGUUCCCAACGUGUCCACUGCACUUCCUAUGUUUGGACGCAUCCAAUAUCAACAGCCCAUCCUGUGCCUUGCUACUUUUGGGCCCUCACGCGGGAGUGUUGCCAACUCCUCGAUCCUGAAUGCUCUGAACGAAGUCAAUGGCACCUCAUCAAGCACUCUGCAAAAAGGAAUAACGUUCGCACAAAUCCUACAACCACCUAACCUCUUUCCCUCCAGCAACCCCCCACCUUUGCCCUUUGAGCCCCCCACCAUCGAACCCCCCUAUUCCGACUCCCUUCAGAAGAUUGCUCAGUGA